ACCUCGCGCCACCGAUAUUCACACAGUAUCGAUUUGACCGACUUGCCUGCAACAUGCCCCGUAUCGCUGCCGAAAGUUCCUGAAAAACGGCCUCGCUACCGAAAAACGGGCGGAAAAGUGCGUGGCGAGGAAAACUAUUAGCGAACGCUCGAAAAUGUCGACAUGUGCGACGUCGGGGAAAAAAGCCUCUCUUGCGUGGCUUCUGCUCGGUGCGGUUUUGUUUUUGGGGUGUCAAGUGGGUUCAGCUCAGGAGGAGUACAAGGAUACUAAACAACACCCCGAGUUGUCCAAGUUGGUUAGGAACUGGGCCCAAAAAUUGGGGGGUGAACUGUGGCACUUUGGAGAUUUUGUUACUAGAAGAUCCAAGGUUAUAGAUAGUUAUAAAGACACUAAUGUAAUGAGGGAAGAUGGGGAAGCUCUACUCAAAGAUAUACACGAAAAAAUAUCAGAAAUGAUGAAGCAAAAAGUUAAGGCAGUAGAGAGAAUUAUGGAUGUGGCAGAAAAUGCGGCAAAACAUCAAAAAGACGACGAUGUCGACGUAAACCACGUUUACUACAACGCUAAGAAUUUAACUAACACAGUGCCGGAACCUGGCGAAGAAGAAGUCACCAAACCGCCCGUAAGCGCGGAUGCAGAAGAGCUCAGAUCUGAAAACCUGAUAACAAACGCCGAAGAAAAAUACCAACGAAUGAUCGCAGAAGAAAAUUACGGCUAUCAGCAAGAUCAAGACCAAGACCCGAUUUCCAUAGAAGAUACAUCGAAAGAUGAAUUUCCCGAAGUCGAAAUAGAUCUAGAGGUUACUGAUGAUACAGAGAAAGAUCCUCAAGCAAGUCAAACUCAACCAAAAGAUAGAACAAAAUUGCCCUUGUAUAGAAAUCGGCAUUUUUACAACAUUCCAGUGAAUACGAAUUAUAGUGCUGUUCAUGUGCCUAGCAACGUAUAUGAUAGAGCUAAAAAUGUUAUUUCUGGGAUUAUAUGGUCUGAAGAGUUGGACAAAACGUUUAGAAAUAACUAUAAACAGGACCCGACAUUAUCAUGGCAAUAUUUUGGGAGUUCAACGGGAUUUAUGAGACAGUUCCCAGCCAUGAUCUGGUCCCAAGAACCCAUAGACCUAUUCGACUGCAGAACUAGAACUUGGUUCAUAGAAGCCGCUUCGUCGCCGAAAGAUAUUGUUAUUUUGGUCGACAGAUCGGGUAGUAUGACGGGAAUGCGGCGCGAGAUAGCUCGACAUGUGGUGCACAAUAUUUUGGACACCUUGGGUAAUAACGACUACGUAAAUAUCUACACGUUUAGUAACACCACUGAGCCUUUGGUGCCUUGUUUUGAGGACCAACUCGUCCAGGCUAAUUUGGCAAAUGUAAGGCUCUUCAAAGAAAGCAUGACUAAUUUUAAGACAGAACAGAUAGCAAACUUUACUGACUCCCUUAUCACCGCCUUUGAGCUUCUACAGGAUUAUAGGGAAACGAAAAAAGGUGCGAACUGUAACCAAGCCAUAAUGUUAGUCACAGAUGGUGUUCAAUAUAAUUUUAAAGAAAUUUUCGAGAAAUACAACUGGGGAAAUCUACCUUUUAUGAACGUAAGAGUUUUCACAUAUCUAAUUGGUCGAGAAGUAUCUGACGUCAGGGAGGUCAAGUGGAUGGCUUGUGCAAAUCAAGGGUACUACGUGCACCUCAGUACAUACGCAGAAGUGCGGGAGGAGGUGCUACAAUAUAUUCCAGUUAUGGCAAGACCCAUGGUACUAAAUGCCAACCAAAAACCGAAUCCAACGUGGAGUCCAGUCUAUGCAGACGUAACGGACCCAAAGUUAACGAAUUGGCUUUGGGUCAAUCGUGAGAGAAACAAACAAAGAGAGAGAUUUAUGGCGUAUAAAAAAGAUAAAACCCUACUAUCGUCAGUGGAACAAGACAAAAAUUACGUACACCAACAAAAAUUUAAACAAGACAACUACGGGGAGUUACAAACUUAUCAUCUAAUGACAUCUGUUUCUCUUCCAGUAUACGACAAAAAACCCAGACAAGAAAGAGUAGCAAAUCUACUGGGUGUUGCUGGUACAGACGUCCCAAUAGAAUAUAUUAAAAGACUUAUGAUGUCAUACAGACUUGGUGUUAAUGGUUAUGCUUUUAUAGUAACAAAUAAUGGUUACAUUUUGACCCAUCCAGAUCUUAGACCAGUGUACCAAGGUAUACUAAAACCAGCCUACAACAGAGUCGAUGUAACAGAGGUUGAAGUGCUAGAUGAUGAUAGUGAACCAAGAGAAUUCAGUGAUGAAAUUAGGAAACUACGAAAACAUAUUGUCAUGCAUGAUAGAGGAAAUGCCACUCUAAGAAUCAAGACACAUAUGGACGAUAUGAAAAGAAUUUUAACUAUAACCCGUCACUUCUACUACAUGGGUAUUAACGCUACUCCCUUCAGUUUAGUUAUUGCCCUACCACACAAAUAUGGCUUUAACAGGGUGCAACACACAGUAGAAAAUGACAUCCACAGAAUGCGUUCCAACGAUAAAUCCUUCACGCAAUUUUUCACUGGGAAUUGGACGAUACAUCCCGACUGGCAUUACUGUCGAUACUUAAACGAUCACUUUUUCGACUCUCGUGAAGAGGAAUUCAUACAUUUUUUGAAAAAAAUGGCCGAACCUGGCUGGAAGUGGACCGCAGAAUGUAGUGAAAGAAAAUUAAUAUGUGAAGUGGUCGGCGAUGCCAAAAUAACCUCAUGGUUUAGCGAAAAUAUCACUACUACUUCUAAGGAGGAUAACGCGACUGAGCUUAUAAAGAGGUUUGGAAUAACUGUAGCAUUCUUAGCUACACACAGUGGCCUAACAAGAUGGCAAGAUUUCCCGCAAAAUAUCGACACAACCGUACACGAACCAAAUUUUCAUAUUCUACACAACAAAGCAAUCGACGAAACUUGGUAUAAACGAGCCGUUGAGCAUCAUUACACGGACCCGAGAAAUUUCGUUUACUCAGUGCCAUUCGAUAUAGGGGAUGAAAAUUUUACUCUGGUGACCGUCAGCCAUGCUAUUUUUAGAGAGGACAAGGAUAAGUCUCAUAAGGCACCAGCAGGAGUGGUUGGCUAUCAGUUUUACCAUUCGGCUCUUUAUUCGCUAUUUAAAAAUAUAACUUUUAGUUGUGCUCCAAAUUUGACUUGCAAAAGAACCUGCGAAAGUGAAGAGUUGCACUGUCUAAUGCUCGACGAUAACGGCUAUAUCAUCAUAAGUGAUAACCUAAAAGAAACUGGCUUAUUUUUCGGAAAUGUCAGACCUGAUAUUCUAGACCAACUAGUAGAAGAAGGAAUCUACAAAAUCACCACCAUGUUCGACUAUCAAGGAUUAUGUCCUGAAGGGCAAGACACAACAAAUCCAGCUACAAAACUAUUAUCUCCUCUAAACAUUUUGACACAUUUUCUAACACACCUAUGGAAUGUACUGUACACAAUGAUUGCACCUACACUGACAAUGGCCACCGAAGAUUUGUACACCCUGUAUCACGAACACUUACAAGAAAAAAACAAGUACAUACCGUGCGAUGAAAAAUUCCACGGCUAUAAGUUGGUAGCUAAUUUUACCAAUCAAGUCGUGAAGUUGUUUAGUGAUACUCUAAUAUACAAAAUAAAGGACUCCAAUCUUUUAUUCGUACUUUUCGAAGAUUAUUACGAUUAUAACGUCACUAAUAAUAUUUACAUUAAAUCUACAAACUUGGUCAAAAUAGAUUAUAAAGAAAAAUUAGAAUGCCUCGUUUCAAAAAGGCAGUUUUUUAAAAGAAAUUACGCGCAGUGUUAUAAUAGAGAAGAAACAAACGUUUCGGAAAUACUAUUGUGUCAUAGUGACAUAGCAAAAAGUAAUUUUGCUGUCUUCAUCACUAGUUUAUUGAUAGUGUUUUUAUUGCAAUAUUAGGGUUUUUCACACAAUUUAGCAUUACUAGGUAUACAACACACCAUACUACACAUUGUUUACAGUUUUAUACCACUAUUUUAAGCCUAUGUAUCAUGUAUCCGCCGUUUUUAAAUGGAUUUUUACCACACUUAUAUACUGGACGAGAGCGGUCACCGGAAGCGAGUUGGAAACUAUGGCGUAUCCGGAAGUAAAUAAUGAGCAACCGGAGGAAGAGAUCGUAACGGAACCUGAACGCGAGGGUGAGCCGGAAAAAGAGGAGACAAUGGAAAAUAGUCCUUCGUCGAGAAGCGAUAAGGAGUUCGAUCAAAGAUUGUUGAUAACGAAAACUAAACCUGAACCGUGCGAUACCGAAUUUUCUCUGUACAGUCUGGUUCACUAUACUGAAAGGAAUAACUCUAAUAGUGGUUACAAUAGGACCAUGUCAAAUUGUAGCAGACCCUUCAUAGUCCAAAAAGUGUCCAACAGCAACAUGAUUUUGCUGGUAAUUAACAACUUGUGCAGGGAAAAUACCGAGAGAUCACAGAAAACAAUGGCUAAACUGCCAGAGCCUCCUAAGGAAGUUGACUAUAACAUGUCACUGUCGUGUUAUAGAGUCCAACAUAACGACUUUCCAAGAAGACUAUACAUGAGCUGUAUAAACAGAAGCUCUAAUGAAAGCGAAAUAAAACUUUGCGGAACAGGGACCAACAUAUCACCCAAACAUUUCAUCCCAUUUUUACUUUCUUCAUUUAUACUAAAAGCGUACUUAAUUUAAAUUAAAUCAAAUAAAAAAACCUAUAAAAUCUUGUUUAUCUGAUUUGGAAAUUGACACAUUGAGGUUAUGUUGUUAAUUAAAGUUAUUAUUGUUGUCACACGUAGUUUUAAAAACAAUUUGUCAAAUUCCAAAUAAAAUAAAACCAAAUGUAUAUAGUUAAAAACUACGUAAAAAACCUUAGAUAGUUAACCAUCUCAACUGUGAUAAAGAUAUUGUAAUUAAAAAAAGUAGCUUAAAAUAAUAAAUUUACAUCAAUUUAAAGGUUCCAUUCCAUUCCUUGUUAAGAAAUAACAAAUUUAAACAAAAAAUGUAAAUAAAUUUCGAAAAUUAAGCGUUUUUUCUACCACUUGUAAUGUUUUUAUUUGCUAUUGUAUUAUAUAACAUAUUCUAUAUUAUAC